AUAGGUUAAUAAGUCUUUUCAGAAGGGUGUCAAGUUUAUCCCUUUGUCACCAUCUUAUCAGUAGUUGGCCGGCAACAAGAUAUCCAAAUCGGACUCAGUUUUUGCUGUACACCUGCCAGAUGUUACGUGGUGCAAAAAAUUCAGCCACUCAUCAGUUAGAAUCGAAGGGUGACGUCACCACAGCCACACCCCCAAUUAGAGGGACAGUUCACGGGGCUGUGGGAUCGACAGAAAGAAUGGGAAGCCCCAUGAUCCGGUUCAAAGGCUCCCUCAGUACAUCUGACCCACGGAAAUGUCCUGUGUUGAUAAUUGGUCAGCUAGGACAUCUUGCUGCUCUCUCAUUUAGUGAUGUUGCAGGAAAACUACAACCACGAGUUGAUGAAGAAGCAUGGACCCUCGCAGUAAAUGGCCUUCAACCCUCCCCAACUGACUACUGUUCACUGUACCUAAAUUUGGCUACUGUGGCAGCCCUUCCUGUGAAGUGUUCUAGACACAAUACUCCAUCACGAACCCAUUCCAUCACAAAGAUAAUCAAAACACACUCAACGGGUACUGAAGAAUGCAUUGUGCUUGUUUGUGAACGAGCAGAUCUCUUUGCUAGUGCUUGUGGUGUUGCAAGAGCAUAUCCAACAUAUUCCCGAAAGACUGCCCCUGGUUCAUCAUCAAACCAUACUGUAACUGUAGAAUUGUUGUUAGUGGGAAAGGGAGACUCUCCAUUAACAGAUGAGGACAUUGAGGUGUUAAAUGAUGGUGUAUACGGAGUUCGCCUUGCUGCCAGAAUCGUUGAUACACCAGCCAACGAGAUGCACACAGAUUCUUUUAUUGGGGAGGUACAAGAAGUGGCAAAUUUUCUAGGAAUCAAGCCUCUAAUCAUUAGAGGCGAAGAGCUGUCCGCUAAAGGUUUUGGUGGUAUCUAUGGUGUAGGAAAAGCAGCUGUCCAUCCCCCUGCUCUUGUGGUGCUAUCUCACCAUCCACCAGGUGGGACAGAGAACGUGGCUUGGGUUGGCAAGGGUAUUGUCUAUGACACUGGUGGUCUUAGCAUCAAAACAAAGACAAGCAUGCCAGGAAUGAAGAGAGACUGUGGAGGUGCAGCAGCAAUAUUAGGGGCAUUUUAUGUUGCUGUGCGAGCAGGAUAUACACAAAAUCUUCAUGCUGUAUUUUGUUUGGCUGAAAAUGCUGUUGGACCCACUGCAACAAAGCCAGAUGAUAUUCAUACACUAUAUUCUGGAAGGACUGUAGAAAUCAACAACACUGAUGCGGAGGGUCGUCUGGUUUUGAGUGACGGAGUGGCUUAUGCAGCCAUAGACCUGCACUGCACAACCAUCUUGGACAUGGCCACACUCACAGGUGCCCAGGGAACUGCAACAGGAAAGUUCCAUGGAGCAGUAUUAACCAACAAUCAACAGUGGGAGGAAGCAGCAGUUACAGCCGGGCAGUCCUCUGGGGAUCUCAUCCAUCCACUUCCUUAUUCCCCAGAACUUCAUUUUGCAGAAUUUGCAUCAGCCGUAGCAGAUAUGAAAAAUUCUAUGGCCGACCGUUCAAAUGCAACUUCAUCAUGUGCUGGCCUCUUCAUUGCAGCUCAUCUGGGUUUUGAUUUUCCAGGAAAUUGGAUUCAUGUUGAUAUGGCGUAUCCAGUUCAUUGUGGUGAACGAGCUACAGGCUAUGGCGUUGCUCUAUUACCAACUCUCUUUGGCCAUCACUCCCAAAGCAGAAUUUUCCGUAAUCUGGCACCCAUAUCUGCUGAGAACGGGGAGUGUGAAAAUGACUGCAAAGCUUCUAAGAAGAUGAGGUUAUCAUAGUGAACUGUGUUAUCAGUAGUAUAUAUAUUUAUAUAUAUAUAUAUUUUCAGGGGGUCCCUGGUUUAUGAACAGGUUUUGUUCUUAAGGACAUUUUUAAAUAAAAAAUGUACGCAAGUCGAAACACAUGCUAUGUGCAUACCAUACUUACAAAACAAUGUUUAAAAUCCCACUAUAUCAUAGCCUAAGUCCUUAUAUACUGUACAUCUAAAAUCACCUAAUUUAAGAGAAAGAAAUAGAAUGACAAAAUACAGUAAAUAAAAGUAAAAAAAAUAAGGUAUUAGGUAAAUGAAAUACUGUAAAUUUAAAGUUGAACCUUUUUCCUAGCGGCGGGCUUUCGUAAGUCGGGACCCCCUGUAUACAUAUAUGUAUGAAUUACUAGUAAAUGGUAUUCUAUUGACAAUAACAGUGCCCUUCAAACUGUCAUAAACCCAAAUAAUUUUUCCCUAAAUUGCAUUUUAGUUAUUUAUAUUUUCCACUUACAAUGUGUAAAUAUAGCCUUAUUGAGUUGAUAAAAGGUUAUAUAGGGUUUCAUCUCAGGUAACAUCUUUUAAAGUUAUUUAUGGUGGAUCAUUUAAUAUUCAAGUAAGAUAUGAAUUUGGAUUACCAUGUUAUACCCACAUUUUUUAAUCACUUCAAUCAGUGUGAAGCACAAUCCCAUGUGCAAAGAUACUUAACCCUCAUGGUAAUAUGGAUUCUUGCUGCACAGCCAGAUAAGGCAGUUCCCUUUUUAUUCAAAGCCACUAAUAAUUAUUACUUUAAAGUCGGAAAUGAAAUACAGUACUGUACCUAGUUUCAAUAAAUUGUGAGAACUACGUAGAAUGGGUAAUGCUUAUACUGUACCUGUAUUUUAUCUAAAGAAACCUACUUUCUGUAAUUAAGAUAUUAAUUAUUAGGUUAUAAUUAGAUGGACAAUUUUUGACUGUGCAAUAUUUGAUGAUGUGUAACUUGUUACAUGAGUCCAUAAUAUAGCUGUCACUGUGCCAUUGAUUUUGAUUUGUGGAAUGUGUCUUCCAGUUGUAAAUCUCAAAAUUUUGAAAGAAUUUUUUUUUGGGUCCUACAGACUUAACACUCUCAGGGUCUUCAUACCCAUAAACACAUAUGAAAGAAUUUAUCAUCUUGGGGUCUUCAUAUGCAAAAAGCCAUAUGAACAUGUGGUGAUAAAAAAAAUGUUUAAAAUUGUUUAUUGUCGGCUAGAUACGCAUACCUGUAUUGUCACUUUCAUACAUCUGGCAGCUUCCCUGCCUGUAUGCACACACCACUGCAGCUAUCAUUGUUGCCAUAUCAGAAAUAAAAAUUCAUUUAUAGGAAAUUUUUAUAUCCUCAGGAAAUGCCAUUACGCAUUGAAAUACAGUAUACUGUACACAUUUGUUCAGUGCUAAACAUGUAAGGAUUACCAAGGAACAAAUUUAAUGUUCUGAGCACAUAUAAUAAUGCGGGUAUAAUGUCAUGUAUAAACCUUUUUCUUGUGCAUACUGAUAGUUUUUCCUCAACAUAGGCUUUUGUAUGAAAAACAUAUUUUAUUGUAUGUACUUAUCUUAUACUAUUUAUAGAUAAUUAACUUGCAAUUUUCUUGGUAUUAACCCCAUGUUUCUAUCUCAUAGUAUGCAUGCUAUGACUAAAAUUGUAGUUAUCUGACACACAUGGGUGUAGUGUGUGAGGGAGACUGCUGGAGUGUGGAACAUGAGCGGCUGGCCACAGAGAGGAGGCAAAAUCCUGAGAGUGUUAAGACAAAAGCAAGUGCAAUUUAUGCAGAUGUUCUCAUGUUUUCUUAUCAGUCACUAUUGUUUGAUAAAUGUUUACUGUGUAUACUCAAAACAACACACUUAUGUUUACCUUGUGUUAAAAUAACCAUUCUGUAUAGUAUUUAGUGUUAUGGUAUUUAAAGUACCUGUGCUUUCAUUCAUUGCUUUGGAAAUUUUAGACCAGUAGAUUUUCCCUUAAGUUUGUAACUAGAAAACCAGAAUAAAGAGCAAGAUUGCAGAAAUUAAACUAAUCAGUAAUGUGUAAUACUGUAUAGUAUUUUGAUUAUGAUAAAAAUUACAAAUAAAAUUGUUUAAUGGUG